AAUUAAACCAAAAUCAGUUUGGUGGUUUUCAUUAAAAAAAAAAAAAAACAUAAAAUUUCACCGAACAGGCUCUAAAGUCUCCCUCUCUCUUCCGAACUCGACACCUCGUUUUUAACGCUUAACAUCAACACGACUUCGGAGCUCCUCACCAGUUACCAGCCACACCUAAGGCGCCAAAAGCUUGAAGCUCUCACCGGAAUCACCGAACAACACCAAACAGAAGGUGCCAACUGAGGCAGCAGACAUUGCCAAUAUCUUUUCCUACUCUCUAAGAAACUAUCAUUCAUUGACUUGAUAUUGAAGAACACAAUGGAGCUCCCAUUGACUCGGUAUCAGAAUAUAUUUUUAGGACAGAUCCAAGAAAGUCUGUCGUCAGGUUUUGAUUCAAAAGCCUCUUUCCUUCCCGGGUCUCGAUUAUAUUGGACCAGUAGGAGAAAAUGGAGCUCCUCCUUUUCUCAGUUAAGAUGCUCUUUGGUUAAGCAGAAUUUACGCCCGAAACCCAAACAUAAACCUUCAAAAUCCCAUGAGGAUACUGAAGAAAAAACCAACAAUAAGCAUAUGCAGGCAAAUAAAUCCACUAUUUCUUUAUGUCAUCAAAUAGAGAAAUUAGCUUUCAAUCGACGAUACCAAGAAGCUCUUGAACUAUUUGAAAUUUUGGAGAUUGAUGGUGGUCAUGGAGUCACUAGUAACACAUAUGAUGCCUUGGUGAAUGCAUGCAUUGGAUCAAAAUCAAUUAGAGGGGUGAAAAGGGUAACUAAUCACAUGGUUAGUAAUAGGUUUGUCCCAGAUCAACACAUGAGCAAUAGGGUAUUGCUGAUGCAUGUGAAAUGUGGGAUGAUGAUUGAUGCUCGUGUACUUUUUGAUGAAAUGCCUCACAGAAACUUGGUUUCGUGGAAUAUAAUGAUUGCUGGGGUAGUGGAUUCAGGAGAUUAUAUUGAGGCGUAUCGACUGUUUCUUACAAUGUGGUCAAACUAUUCUGAGGCCGAUUCACGAACUUUAGCUACCAUGAUACGAGCAACUGCAGGUUUGGGGUUAUUAUAUCCGGGAAGACAAUUGCAUUCGUUUGUAGUGAAGAUGAGUGUUAGUGAUGAUGUUUUUGUAGCUUGUGCGUUAAUUGAUAUGUAUAGUAAGUGUGGAAGCAUUGGGGAUGCUCAAUUUGUCUUUGAUGAAAUGCCAGAAAAGUCUACUGUUGGAUGGAACACGAUCAUUGCAGGCUAUGCACUUCAUGGUUACAGUGAAGAAGCUUUGAGUUUGUAUUAUGAAAUGCAAGAUGCUGGUGUGGCGAUGGACCAUUUUACGUUUUCAAUAGUUGUAAGGAUAUGCGCUAGGCUGGGGUCUCUUGAACAUGCUAAACAAGCUCAUGCAAGUUUAGUUCGUCAUGGUUUUAGCUUAGAUACAGUAGCUAAUACAUCCCUUAUAGACUUGUAUAGCAAAUGGGGGAGGAUAGAGGAUGCUCGAAAUGUUUUUAACAGAAUGGCUUCCAAAAACGUCAUAUCAUGGAAUGCUUUGAUUGCUGGAUAUGGCAAUCAUGGCCGAGGAGAAGAAGCAGUUGAGUUGUUUGAUAAAAUGGUUUGCGAAGGAAUGAGACCUAACCAUGUCACAUUUCUUGCUGUUUUAUCUGCCUGUAGUAAUAUAGGCUUGUCAGAUCGCGGGUGGGAAAUUUUUUACUCAAUGAGCAGCACAUAUAACAUAAAUCCAAGGGCAAUGCAUUAUGCAUGUAUGAUAGAGCUAUUAGGCAGGGAGGGGCUUUUGGAUGAAGCUUUGGCUUUGAUAAGAGAUGCACCCUUUGACCCCACAAUGAAUAUGUGGGCUGCAUUACUAACCGCUUGCAGGAUCCACAGAAACUUAGAGCUUGGGAGAUUCGCUGCAGAGAAACUUUAUGGAAUGGGACCAGAGAAGCUUAGCAACUAUGUCGUUCUUUUGAACUUAUACAACAGCACGGGAAAGUUGGAGGAAGCUGCUUCUGUCAUUCAAGCGUUGAAGCAAAAAGGUUUAAGAAUGCUACCGGCGUGUACUUGGAUUGAAAUUAAGAAAGAUUCGCAUGUAUUUUUGUCUGGUGACAAGUCGCAUGCAAAGACAAAAGAGAUAUACCAGAAAUUGAAUGAUUUGCUUGUUGAGAUCUCAAAACAUGGGUAUAGUCCAGAAAAAAGAAAUUUGCUUCCAGAUGUUGAUGAGAAAGAAGAGGAUAUGCUAUUGCACCAUAGUGAAAAGUUGGCAGUGGCUUUUGGGCUGAUGAAUACUCCAAACUACACGCCACUUCAGCUUAUGCAGAGCCAUCGGAUUUGCCAUGACUGUCACAAUGCACUUAAGCUGAUAUCAAAAGUCAAAAGCCGUGAAAUUGUUUUGAGAGAUGUUAGCAGAUUUCAUCAUUUUAAGAAUGGUAAUUGCUCAUGUGGGGAUUAUUGGUAAAUAUGUAUACUUCCUCUUUCAGAGGACUGUAGGUGAUUGUUUUAACAUAUGCGUUGAUUGAGUCACUUUAUUUGUUCUAUUGAUUUACUUUAUAUAAUAAUUAUAAAUCAAUAGUCACUGUGCUGGGUAUUUAGAGCAAAGUUAGAGCUUAUAGUUUUUUUUUUGACAGCUUAAGGGAGCUUAUAGUUUUGGGUAGUUGUGGUUUUGGGAUGACAAACAAUAAUGUAGCAUUUGUUUUAGUGUAUUAUUUUUAUGUCUCUCUUUGUAAUGAAGGAGUUCCUGAUCUUGGUUUCUGCUGUAGCUCUGUUUUUUCCGAACUCUUUAUUAUUGGAUCUACAUUAUAAGUGUAGGUGAAUGUCCAGGAUUCACUUGCAAUUUUUUCAA